AUGACUUUCAGGCAUCUGCAAGUCCGCUUCAAGUGCCCCGUCCGGAUCCCGACGCCGUUCUCUCUCCAUCCCUCCCACCUGCCCUCUCACAUUUGGAACGCAUUCGUGGACAUUGAGAUGGCCUUCGAAUCCCCUCGCUUUCCUCUGCGCGCCGCGCAAAUCUACCCCAACAAGCUGGCUAUCGUGCAUCCAGACGUCGAGCAUCCCGAGUAUACAACUAUUCUGUCUGGUGUGUUCAUGUGGAAUCUCGCUUAUGGUCUCAUUGAAGCGGGGAUUCAGCCAGGAGAUCGCAUAGCAUACAUCGCCCCGAACACUCCAGCUGUUGCUGAGGCAUACCAUGGUGUAAUCGCGGCGAAGGCUGUUGUAUGCCCGAUCAACAUGCGCCUCACGCAUGGCGAAGUCGCAUAUAUCCUCGAACACAGCGGCUCCAAGCUCAUCUUCGUAGACCACGAAUAUGUCGGCCUUGUCAAGGGCGCGAAGUUCCUGACCGCUGGUCGCAAGUUCAGUGCCGAGCGAGGGUGGGGGGCCUUGAAUGGGAACGUAACGAAGACGCGCCUUGUGCGCUCUGUUACACCUCUGGAACGACUGGUCGGCCCAAGGGCGUGCUUACAACUCUCCGAGGCGAGUUCUUCCUAUCAUGACCUUUGGGACGGCGUUGACAUUGGUUUAGGUUCAUACCUGGCCGCGAUCGCCAAUGCUUACGAGACGAAACUCAACAUACCUGUGGGUACUUCCAUGUUCCAUGCCAGCGGAUGGACGUUCCCUUGGGCGAUCACGUUUGCAGCUGCUGCACAGAUCGGGCUGUUCAACGCCCCACAAGCAAGACGGCUGAACAAACCGGUAUACGCAGUCAUCGCUGGCUCGGCACCCACCGCGCACCUCCUCGGUGAGCUUGAGAAGAUUAACAUCCAGCCUGUCCACGUUUAUGGCCUUACCGAGGUGAGGACAAACACCUACGGACCCUUGACGAAAUGCUACCCGCAGCCCUCCUGGGCCUCGCUCUCGCUCCAGGAGCGCGCGAAGCUCGUCGCGCGCCAGGGCCUGAGCUUCGCGACCGCCGAAGACGCGCGCGUCACGAUGGGCGAGGUCGUCUUCCGCGGGAACAUCGUCAUGCGCGAGUACUUCCGCGACCCCGCCGCGACCCGCCGCGCGUUCCGCGGCGGGUACUUCCACUCGGGCGACCUCGCCGUCUGGCACCCGGACGGGUACAUCGCCGUCAUGGACCGCAGCAAGGACAUCAUCAUCUCCGGGGGCGAGAACGCGUCGAGUCUCGCGAUUGAGCAAGAGCUGUCGACGCACCCCGACGUGCUUGAGGUCUCCGUCGUGGCGCGCGCGCACCCGAAGUGGGGCGAGCGCCCCAUGGCCUUCGUCCUCCUCCACCCGGGGCGCGCGGACAAGUGGCGCGGCCGCGAGGCCGAGUUCGAGCGGGACCUGAAGGCGCACGCGCGCAAGACGCUCCCCGGCUUCGCGUGCCCGGAGUGGGUGUCCGUCGUCGAGCAGCUGCCUAAAACGUCGACGGGCAAGAUCCAGAAGGUGGAGCUGCGCAAGCUUGUCGCCAAGCUGUAG